AUGAUCGGGGCAGCGGGCAGAUUCCCGGUUGGCUGGGGCGUUGACGUGGACCUUGAGGAUAUCAUCUUGUUCACGCUCAGGGCAAAUUCUCCUGCUCUGCUCUUGUUACUGUUCUUUUCCUGCACGGGAUGUUAUCUUCUCUUUUACUUCUUCCUCAGAACAGAAAACACAAAUCGUAAUGGUAGAUUGUAA